CAUUUUAUGACCAAAUGUGAAUCAUCAUUUGGAAAGAAACAAAAAACAAAAAAAUUUCUGGUUACAUCCAUUAUCCAAACCAAAAAAAAAAAGAUUUCCAUUAUUGAAUCAUUCGAAUUGUCAAAAAAAGAAAAGAUUUACUUUUUAAGAUUUUAGAUUUUGAGAAAGACUAAUUCUAUCUUCCAACAAAAUGCAAAACAAUACGAAUGAUGGUGAAAAAUUUGAACAAACACAAAGUUCAACUAAAUCAUCAUCAUCAUCAAAUAAUGAAAUUUUUCAUCUUGAUACCAAUGAUGAACAACCAUCAUCAUCGUCUUCACCAUCAUCAUUUUCGAUGAAAUCUUCAACGGCUGGACGUAAAAAUGGUUUCAACGAUGAUGAACGUGAUGAACAUGAACAUCAUCAUCGUAAAGAAUUUCAUAAUAAUGAUGAUGAUGAUACUGAUAAUAAACGACAACGUCCAACACCAUCAUCAUCGUCGAAUAAUCCUUCCAGUACAAAUCAAAUGCCUAUAUUCGGUAUUACACCACCGAAUUUUGUUUCAUUCGAAGAAAUUAUGAAAACAGCAAACGAAAUGAAUCGUAUGGCAUUAGUAAAUGAAAUUGUAUUGAAUAAAGAUUUUAAAUUAGAACGUAAAGAAGAAUCAUCAUCAUCAUCAUCAACAACAACAACAUCACCAUUAUCAAAACUUGAAUCAAAUGUACGUGAAACAAUGAAAAAAGCAUUCUGGAAUAUUCUGGAAGAACAAUUAGCUGAACAGCCACCAAAUUAUCAACAAGCAAUUUCAUUAUUAAAUGAAAUAAAAGAAACAUUAUUAUUAUUUUUAAUGCCACAACAUGUACAGCUUAAAAAUGAAAUUGAUGAAAUAUUGGAUAUUGAAUUGAUUAAACAAAAAGUUGAAAAUGGUAUUUUUGAUUUUCAACGUUAUUCACAAUAUAUUUUAUCAGUUUGUUCAAGACUUUGUUGUCCGGUUCGUGAUGAAAUGAUUAAAAAAUUGACCGAAAUUAAAGAUAUGAUACCAUUGUUUAAAGGAAUAUUUGAACUUCUUGAAGUAAUGCGUUUAGAUUUUGCCAAUUUUUAUAUUCAACAAUUCCGUCCACAUAUACAAUUAGCAUCGGUAGAAUAUGAACGUGAAAAAUUUAAAAAUUUAAUCGAAGCACAUCAAAAAUAUCAAAUCGAUGUACUUGAAUAUACCAGUAAAUGGAUACGAAGAAAUUAUGAAUGUUUAGAUCUAUCGCAUGAAACAGAUAUGAAAAAAUUAUUCAAUAAAGUAUUAAUUUCAUCAUAUAUUGAUCUACUUCAAUGUUUAAAUCCAUCAUUCAAUUGUUAUAUGAUUAAUAAUAGUGAUGAACAAAAAACCGAAGAUGAUUAUCCCGAAACAUUAUUAUUGAUUCGUAAUCGUAUCGAUUUGGUUCGUGAAAAAAUUUUCAAAGUAACAUUGAUUAGUAGUGUUUUUGUUGUUACAUUUGCCGCUAUUGGUGAACCAUUACAAUCGAUUAAAGAUUUUCGUUUAAAAUUAAAACAAGAUUUAGAAGCAAUAAUGAAUACAUCUAGUGGUGAUGAUGAACAACAACAAAAAAUUCCAUUACAAUAUUUGAAAUUAAAUGAUCUAAAAUCGAUGCUUACAUCGAUAUCCAUACAAGUACGAACAUCGAUUGAAAAAGCAUUAAAUGAUUAUCAAGCACCUGGUUUAAGUGAAACAAAAUUAGAUUCACUUAAAUAUCAGAUAAAUGAACUAUCAACACCAGGUAAUCGUAUUCGUUCAGUUAUGGAAAGACGUAUACUUGAAUUUAUUGAACGUGUUAUACAAUCACCAUCAUCACAAACAGCUGCACCGAUACAGGUUCCAAGCGGUUUAAGUACAUUUGCUAACGAAUUAAUACAGAUUGCAAGUGAAUUUACACGUUUUGUUUCAUAUAAUCGUGCCGUUUAUUCACCAUAUUAUACAAAAAUUAUUGCCGAAAUUGCCGGACCAACACAUUUUAUUCCACAGAAUGAAUUGAAAACAAUUGAAAAAUCAUUCUAUGGCUAGUCCAUCUGACAACUGAAUCACUGGGCAUAUAUUCUUUUUGAUAAACUUUCUUAUAUAUUAUUCAUUAUCUUUCGCUGUUUCAAUUAUUGUAAUUUCUAUUAUUUUC